UCCAAAGCGCCGGUACUGGGAGUGGUGGCUGAAUCUAGGAUAUAUAUUUUUUUCAGUCAUCAGUUUCAACACCUAUUGCUUGUGAAAAUGCGUCGCCCUAUUGUGAUUUUUGUCAGUUUUAUAAAACUGUGUUUUUUUCGUCGGGUGGAAUUUGUUGUCACGGUGGUUGUUUUUUGUCCGUUUGUGUUUGGGUGAAUCCGUACCUCUGUGCACUCCCAGGAGACUCGCUUCUAACUGCAGCUGCAUCAAAGAACCUGGAGACUGACUCACCAUCACCUGCCUCCGAAGCAACUCCUAAAACGAUUCCCUGUUCUGGAUAGUGUCUGAUAUCAGGAACCUUUACGCAUGAAAGACUUCAAGAUGAGGUUGAUUUUCUCAACAAUGCAAAAUAAGUUGGACAUGUAAGUGCGAUCAAGGCCACUGAAAUCAAUCCAUGAAUUUGUCUGACUUCUUUUUGAUCCGUAUAUAUCUCCCAGUUUAAAUGUAUGAGUGUGUUUCUUACCCCGACUUCUGUUUGGGAGACGUAACGGAAACUAUUUAAUAAGUUGCUUUAAAAAUCCAAGGGAAUUCAAAACUCGAACAUCAUCGAUGUAUUGGAGGAUAAAAUGGCUUAAAGUAUAUUCUUUGUGCUAUAUUUUCAAUUUUCCGUAACCUUCCAACAGACCUUUACGCAACGCGCAUCUGGAUCUUGUUUUUACGCGCGCCUGCCAUUCUUUAUUAUGAACGCUGGAGUGAACACCUCCAAGGGGAAUGAGGACUCUAAUUUCCAGAGUGACUUUACAGAACGGGGGGAGGCCGGGCCCUUUGUAUAACCACGCUGCAGCAUGCCCUCCUUCCCCAACGACUCGGAGUGCCUCCUGCGUAACUGCAGCUGGGAGGAGAUCUACAACACAAGCGGCGCUGAUCAGCCUGCACCUCCGCUCAACUACUACUCAAUCCCUCUCCUCACGUUAAUCACCGUCGCCUGUUCGCUGCUGUUUCUGGUUGGAAUGACAGGGAAUGUCAUGACCAUCCUGGUGGUGAGCAAGUACAGGGACAUGCGCACCACCACUAACCUCUACCUGUGCAGCAUGGCUAUGUCCGAUCUGCUUAUUUUUCUUUGCAUGCCACUGGACCUCUAUCGUAUGUGGAGGUACCGGCCUUGGAACCUCGGAGAUGCGCUCUGCAAACUUUUCCAGUUCGUGUCAGAGUCUUGCACCUAUUCCACCAUCCUGAACAUCACCGCGCUGUCAGUGGAGCGCUAUCUGGCUAUAUGUUUCCCACUGCGCGCCAAGGCUCUGGUAACCAAAAGGAGAGUGCGCGCACUGAUCUGCAUCCUUUGGACGGUAUCCCUGUUUAGCGCAGGGCCUGUGUUUGUUCUGGUGGGAGUGGAGAGGGACAGUAAUGAACAAUCUAACACUUUGGACGUUGAAGACACGCGGGAGUGCAAGAUGACACAGUACGCAGUUGAGUCGGGUCUAAUGGGAGCCAUGGUGUGGCUGAGUUCGGUGUUUUUCUUCAUGCCAGUGUUUUGUCUGACGGUGCUGUACAGCCUCAUAGGCCGCAGACUGUGGCAGAGGCACAGAGAGACUAAUAUGAGCUCCCGUGUGGCUCACAGGGACAAAAGUAAUAGACAGACCAUCAAGAUGCUGGUGGUGGUUGUGCUGGCGUUUGUCUUGUGCUGGUUACCCUUCCACGUGGGUCGCUACCUGCAGUUCCGCUCCCUUGACGCUCCAUCUCCACUGCUGUCCGUGCUGUCUGAGUACUGCAGCCUGCUGUCUGUCGUGCUCUUCUACCUGAGCGCAGCGAUAAACCCUAUCCUCUACAACACUAUGUCAUGGAAGUACCGCGGUGCAGCAGCACGCCUAUUUGGACUGACUGACGGGCAGCCAUCCCGGUGCCGCACAGCCAGCACUUUAAAGGGAGAUAGCUCGAAUGGCUGGACCGAAUCCACAGUGAGUUUGUGAAUGCAACUUUGUUGAUCCAAAGACCUGAAAUGCAUUACUUCUAUUGGAGAGAAGAACAGUCUCCAAGAAAUUGCUUCUAUUGACUAAAAUAACAAAAAGGGUGAAAAAUGCUUAAUCUGAAUUGUUUCAAUA